CCUAGCACAUGGCGAUGACACUCGAAAUCCCGUUGCCAAGGACCCGGAAUCAACCAGAAGGCAAUUUGCAACACAGCAGGGAGUUUAAAAUAUGAAUUGCCUCCGCCCGACGUGUCUCGCCGCUCCCCACCUCCAACGCUCGAUGAGUCCGAAACUCCGAAAGUGCGGUCGAAAUUAGGGGCACUUUUUUCAAUGGAUAAACCAACCCCCAAAGGCGCUAUUUCGUGUUCGAACUGCCGGCAUCGAAAAACGCGCUGCAACCGCUCCCUCCCGCGCUGCGAACGAUGCGCCUCCUGCGGGCUAAGCUGUGUGUAUCCUGAGAGACGCCCGAGGGGGAAGAGGAAGGGGAGGAAGCCAGCCGUACCAGAUCACAGUAGUACUCUCGCCCUCAUUCUAGAAAGGCUUCAGCGCGUCGAGGCGCAGUCCUCAGUGCGAGAGGCAUCACUAGGCUCAACUACUCCCACCGCAAAUCACUCCUCCAGUCCAGCUUCGGCAACACUCCAGUGUCAGCCAUGCGGGUCUUCGGGAGAGAUCAGAACUCCCAUCUUGGUCGAGCCUCUAGAGCCUCGAAACGCCUGUAGUCCUUCGACGCUUGAUGCCACGUCGAUGCUUAGCUCCGCCAUGUGUGAUGUUCAGCGGCUGAGAAAGAAGCGGAUCGCCGGGCCUAAAGAGCUUGUUACCGAGGGGAUCAACAUCACGCCCGAUACGGCAAGGUCGUGGGUCAAGAACUACUUCACCAAAAUGAGUCCCAAGAUCUUCCCGUCACUGAAAGAUCCGAAGCUCAUUGACGAGAAACUCAUGUACUUUAUGCCGGAUCUCAUCACCAUGGACCACGUCCAGGUCGAUGCCUGUAUCCUCGUCAUCUACUAUUGCAUUCUGUGGCAAGGAUGUUUUCGACUCGAUGACAGUAGCAGCUCGUUCAGCACCCGCGAUCCGCAAAUCAUUCGGCAGAUCUUGAUAUGCUGCCUUCGAGCCGUUUCUGUGUGGCAAAGAGAGGCAACCGGCUCCAUCACGGACUUUAUUGCCGCCAUGUUCAUGACACAAACCGCGGCAGAGAAUCUUGAUUAUGGCCUCAGCUGGGAGAUGCACAAGCAUGCCUGCAUGUAUGCCCAGGGUCUGCACCUUCAUAGUCUCGACGGAGACGGCGCCCUAGGUGCUUCCGGCGUGGCCACGAGCGACGAGGGCCGCGUGAACAUGUGGAACCUCGUCCAGCUCGAUCUCUUUCACCGCCUCAUCAACAAUAAGCCGCCCGCCUUUCCAUUUGAUCUGAACAAAUGGCGCGUCAAUCUGCCGUGCCUCGCCUUUGACUCUGCGCCAGGUCGAGAUGAGGCUGUACCGGCCAUGGCGUUCCUCGCCAGGAGCCGGAUCACUCUCGUCCUCAUCAGCUUCUUUCAGGCUCUCGAGACACUCAACAACGACGGCGGUGGCGAUGCCUUGAGCACCAUCCAACCGCUAUGCAUGCAAGUUGAACAGGUCUUUGAGGAAUGGAGAAUCGAGGAAUGGCUCGGGUCCUCCCACAGCGACAGUCUCAACGAAUGGUCCAUAUCCGAACUCGCCCUCUCCGGCUACACCUGCGUUCUCUUCAUGCUGGGCAGGGCGACCUUGCUCGGCCGAAACGAAGGCCAGCCGCCGCUGGACAGUAGCGAUAUGAUCCCGAAAAGCGACCUCUCCAUGAGAGCGGCUCGAAAGGUCGUCGACAUUGUGUACCACAUGGUGCACGUUGCGCGACUGCCCGGGCCGGAAUCCCUGUCCUGCGCUCUCGGGACGUACCGGGCGUACGUCGCGUAUGCGCACCUGGCGAGUGGUUUGGCAAGUGACCCGGAUGCCGUCACUGCCCCUGACAAUCUGUUACGUUUGAAGCAGUUCGCUGAGUGCGUGCAGAGCGUGGCGGGGAGCGAGAGGGAGUUUAUGCCGUUGGCUAGGGCUCUCGAGGCUGUGUAUAACAGCGUGGAGACAAUGGUACCUCGUGUGUGGCCUUGAGGAGAAAAUGGCUUACUCGACGGAUUCCUCCUUUUGUAUUGCUUUAUCCAUGGGCCACGUUCAACGGUCACGCAAAAAGGGUUGCGAGUCCCGUGUUACGAAUCGAGGACUGCUGCUUGUACUAGUAUUUCAAACUUCGCUCUAAGAACCUGUCUUGAUAUCCAAAACGGAAGAGCCCGGCUAUCAUUUCCUUAUCUGCGAGGCCGAACUCGGCUUUCACAGCCACGCGACUGGGUUCCAUCAGAGCGCCGUCAACGAGCUCGAUGUGGCGGGUUGUCAUGAUUAUCAGAUGGCCAUCCCCUGCACUGUCGAUGGUAUCGACGAGCGCGGACAGAGAGGCGGUUCCUUCGCGUGGCUGUGAAUUGGCGUUUUCGACAUCUUCCAAGUCGAUAAUGGAUCGGGGGGGGGACCCGGGCGAACAAGGUCUUCAGGUUGACGGGCAGGCAGACAAUGUAGAUAUUCAGGACUUCGAAGAUGGUAGGGACGGAAACCGC